UCGGAUAGACUCUUGUAAAGAUGGCGACGGUGAGGCACAGAGGAGUGAAAACUGGACGCUUAGCCGUUUAUAAACACCACUGGUCCAGACGCUGUCAGAACUGAUACGGCACCGGAACUUAAAGUUUAUCGACCCAUUUGUCAGUCGCGGUACGCCGUUUGUCCUUGCAAGUUAACGCUACGGAUCUGGUUGCCUUUGUUUUCGGUUACACAGUGGCUCUCUUAACCCCUCAUUAGCUUCAAGUUGAAAUCCAAUGCUAGCUCGGUGCUAGCCGUGUAGCUCCAUCGGCUACUAUAUGGCAUAUGUAGAUCGAUAGUCUAAGCAGUGCCAAAACUGGGCUUAUUCAAGGUUUUUGUUUCCAUCAAAAAAGCCGCUCAUGAGUCACUUGGAUUAAAAUCUACUACUCGAGUAGGAUUGGGCUUUGCUGCACUGUUUGUGGAGUGUCCAGACGAACCGAGUUUGCCGUCAUGUAUUUUUUAACCGGCUGGCCACGGAGGCUGCUUUGUCCGCUCAAGAGUGAAGAGGAGCCCUUUCACAUCCAGCCCAGCUCACAGAGGUUUUACUUCGCCCUGCUGUCGGAGACACAGCUCAGUAUCUGGUUUAGUCGGCCUAGUGUUUUAAUAGUCAGUUAUAUCGAGUCUGCAAAGGCGGCGGCCCAGUUUGGCUUCUACCAAAAGGCAGAAUGGAAACCAGACGACUCCAUGAUAGCUGUGGCUACUGUUAAAGGCUACCUCCUGUUGUUUGAUGUUUUGGGUGGUGGAGAUGAGAAGUGUCUAUAUGAGCCUGUCUAUCCAAAAGGAAGUCCUCGUGUAAAGGUCACCCCGGGAUAUAAGGAGGAGCAAUGUGCCCCUGCUUUGUCUUUAGAGAUGAAGAAGCCUGUUGAUCUGGAGGCCCCCAUUACCAGUCUGCAGACCCUCCAGGAGGAUUUACUAGUUUGUACUGCAGAUGGCUACCUUCAUGUACUGCACUGGGAUGGGCUAGGCUGCAAUGGCCGUAAGGCAAUCUGCCUUACUACAAUCCCCUUUUCAUUAGACCUGCAGUCUGCUCGAGGUGGGCCCUCUCUGGACCUGGAGGGCGUUUAUAUCCAUUGUAUGGAGUAUUGUGUGACUCUGGACGGCUUCGCUGUGGUUCUAAGUGAUGGACGCUUGGGCUUUAUAACACCGCUGAGCAACACCAUAAUCGCAGAUCAGCUACAGGGAGUCUGGGCCGCAGAUGUGAAUGACGGCACCUGUGUGGCUGUCAACAAUAAGUACAGACUGAUGGCUUUUGGUUGUGCCAGCGGCUCAGUGCUGGUGUACAUGAUAGACAACACGACAGGAUCCAUGCAGCUCUCCCACAAACUGGAGCUCACACCAAAACACUAUCCAGACAUCUAUAACAAGACAGGCCCUGUCAAGCUCAUCUGCUGGUCACCUGACUGCAGCGUUGCCAUGGUUACAUGGGAGUGUGGUGGCUUGUCACUGUGGAGUGUCUUUGGAGCUCAGCUCAUCUGCACUUUGGGAGAGGACUUUGCGUAUCGUUCUGAUGGUACUAAGAAGGAUCCCCUUAAAAUCAGCUCUAUGAGCUGGGGAGCAGAGGGUUAUCACCUGUGGGUGCUCCCUAACAAACAGGACAAGAGGAAACAGGAGGAGCAACAGGAUGUGGAAAUGAAUUCACCUCCUCACCCCUCCCUGCAAGCUGGCAUACUGCAGUUCCACUUCAUUAAGAGUGCCCUCACAGUCAACCCCUGCACGAGCAACCAGGAGCAGGUGUUACUCCACGGUGAAGACAGACUCUACCUGACCUGUGGUGACCCAUCACAGAUCCACAGCUCCUCUGACGCACACACACACAUACACCCACGAGAUGGCAGCCCGUUGCACCAACCCCCCAGCCCCGAAUCCUCUCUCUCUCAGGGACUCAGCACUUUACUGGGACACAAGCACUGGCAUGUGGUCCAGAUUCACAGCACAUACCUAGAGAGCAACUGGCCUAUACGGUUUGCAGCCAUUGACACAGCAGGCCAGUGCAUGGCUGUUGCAGGGAGGCGGGGCUUUGCACACUACUCCUUAUUCACACGGAAAUGGAAGCUGUUUGGGAACAUCACUCAGGAGCAGAACAUGACAGUGACAGGAGGUCUGGCUUGGUGGAAUGACUUUGUAGUGGUGGCAUGCUACAAUUGUACCGACCAGCAAGAGCAGUUAAGGCUCUAUCAACGCUCAUCCAACCUGGACAAUGCCUUCGCCUCAGUCACUAAGCUGCACUCAAACACAUUGCUGCUCAAUGUCUUCAGAGACAUGGUCAUCCUGUUCAGAGCUGACUGCUCCAUCUGCCUCUAUAGUAUAGAGAAAAGGAACGACAGUCCAAACCCAUCCGUCUAUGUGGAGUUGCUGCAGGAGGUGUCCAUGUCUCGCUACAUCCCUCACCCAGCGCUCGUCGUCUCUGUCACACUCACGUCUGUGCGAACAGAGACUGGCAUCACACUGAAAGCCCCGCAGCAGGCCUGCAUGGCAGAGAGCAUCAUGUUAAAUCUGGCUGGCCAGUUGAUCAUGCUGCAGAGGGACCGGUCAGGACCACAGGUACGAGAGAAAGAGACACCGGCAAUCAACAAGAAGUUGUUACCAUUCUGUCCUCCUGUUGUGCUGGCCCAGUGUGUGGAGAACGUGUGGACAACCUGUCGCUCCAACAAGAAGAAGCGACAUCUGCUGGAGGCUCUGUGGUUGUCCUGCGGAGAAGCAGGAAUGAAAGUAUGGCUGCCGCUGUUUCCUAGGGACCAUCGUAAGCCACACUCAUUCCUCUCCAGACGCAUAAUGCUGCCCUUCCACAUCAACAUCUACCCUUUGGCGGUGCUGUUUGAGGACGCCCUGGUGUUGGGGGCAACCAAUGAGACUGUGCUCUAUGACGGGAUGCAGGGACCCUCAGAGCCACUGGAGGCACUGUUUCCCUACUGUACAGUAGAGAGGACCUCCCAGAUCUACCUCCACCACAUCCUGAGGCAGCUGCUUGUUCGCAACCUGGGUGAACAGGCUUUGAUGUUGGCUCAGUCAUGUGCCUCCCUCCCCUACUUCCCCCAUGUCAUGGAGCUGAUGGUCCAUGUGGUACUGGAAGAAGAGGCAACUUCACGAGAACCCAUACCCGACCCUCUGCUGCCCACCGUGGCUAAGUUCAUCACUGAGUUCCCCCUCUUCCUCCAGACCAUCGUCCACUGUGCCAGAAAGACUGAGUACGCCCUGUGGAACUACUUGUUUGCAGCUGUGGGGAACCCCAAAGAUUUGUUUGAGGAGUGUCUCAUGGCUCAAGAUCUGGACACAGCAGCCUCCUACCUAAUCAUUCUUCAGAACAUGGAGGUUCCAGCGGUGAGCAGACAACAUGCCACUCUUCUCUUCAACACUGCACUUGAACAAGGCAAGUGGGACCUCUGCCGGCACAUGAUCCGAUUUCUCAAAGCCAUAGGCUCAGGGGAGAUGGAUACUCCACCCCCAACGCCCUCUACUCAGGAACCCAGCUCAACUGGAGGUUUCGAGUUCUUUAGAAAUCGCAGCAUCAGUUUGUCUCAGUCAGCAGACUCCAUCUCCACAGGAAAGUUCAACCUGCAGAAGACCUUCAGUAUGCCCACUGGAGCUUCUGCCAAAGGUCGGGAUGUGGAGUGUGCAGAGAACAUGUACAUUGAUAUGAUGCUCUGGCGCCAUGCCCGUCACCUCCUGGAGCAGGUUCGCCUCCGUGACUUGGGAUGCUUUUCUGCACAGCUGGGUUUCGAGCUCAUCGGCUGGUUGUGCCGCGAGCGAAACCGUGUGGCCCGAGUUGAAGACUUUGUUUCAGCUUUGAAGAGACUCCACAAGGACUUCCUCUGGCCGUUCCCUGUUAUCCCACUGGGAAGCCUGAGCUCACCACUGAAGAACGGACGCUGUCGCACAGUGUUGAGUACACGGCUGUUGAAAUCCCAGUCUGCAGACAGUCUGCUGAACAGUGAUAUGGACACAGCACCACCUUCAACAGCUCCCACCAACCACACCUGGAUGGAUGGGCUUAGUCAGGGGGCCAAAGACAUGGACACAGCCUCAUCUGGUCAUUCCAACCAACACUCACCACAGACACAUGACGCCUUCCUGUCACUCCUCACUAAUAAAGUCGAGGAGUACAGCAUUGGCUCGGCCACAGACCUGACAGAGACCAGCUCUGUGGUGGAUGGGGACUGGAUGAUGGUUGAUGAGAACUCCUCCACUUUGAGUCUGAGCCAGGCUGAGCUGGAGCAUAUCUCCAUGGAGCUGGCCAACAAAGGCCCACACAAGUCUCAGGUGCAGCUCAGGUACCUCCUCCAUGUUUUCAUGGAAGCGGGUUGUCUGGAGUGGUGUGUUGUGAUUGGUUUGAUCCUGCGGGAUGCAAACGUCAUCAAGCAGAUGAUCAGCUUCCUGGACAGCCCCGAGGUUCCUCCUGAAACUGUGCAAAGCAUCCGAAACGGCUUAUUGGCUGUGGAUACAUGGGCCUCCACUGACUGCUUGGGAUACAAACCUUUUCUCAAUCUGAUCCAGCCACAGCUUCAACAGCUGAUGGAGUCGACAUCUGAGCAGGUGCAGCCCGAAGCUUUCCAACCCACCAACCAGAGCUCCAAGCUUGGUGGCUCUGAAGGGCUGGCAGGAGCUGCGGUACCUCGAGCCGAAGACAGCAGGGGAGUAACGGCUCCUCUGGGCUUGACCUUGCCCUCCCUUGAACCAGCAGGUGUUUUUUCCCGUCCCCCUUCUGAGGACUGUCCACCUGAGCAGACAGAGGAGCAAGGAGACGAGGAGGGAGCCUAUGACUGCACCUUGUCUUGAACAACAAGACUUGUGAACUUGAGUGAAAGAGAUGAGGAAUCAGCAGCGGAUGACUGGAAAUAGACUAUUUUUGUGGGUGUUUGGGAAUGAAUGUGUGUGCGUGCGUGCGUGCGUGCGUGCGCACAGAAAGUACCUCUUUUUUUGCAGGUUCUUACUUCAGUCAGUAUUAUACAACCUUAAGAAUUGCCCUUUGUUUCAAGUAGAGCCCCCAUGGAUACUGAGCUCACAGCAGCUCAAAUGGCUGCCAGGGUUCAGUUCUAACAUUUCACCACAACGGGUUGUUAGAGAGGAAAAAAAAAGGUCACCUGUGUCAGGUCUUAAUCCUACUUUGAGGUGUUGGGAAGCUCAUAAAAGCACCAUGUUUUUUUGUUUGUUUUGUUGGGUAAAUCCAAAGAGUGAGAGAAACAGUUCAGAGUGUAGUUAAUCAUCAUGCUGCGUUGCUAAGCAUAUUGUAGAACAAAGCUUCACCAUUUACAAGAUGCACUGAGCCUACAGCAAGUGUGCACAAGAGAUGUUUCAUACUUUCAUACCUCAUUAUUUUUAAACUAUUUUGAUACCUUUUUCAAUAAUGUAAUGAAACAGGACAAAUUAUACUAUUUUUCUACCAACUGUCCCUCGGUAAAGAAAAAAAAUGCUUCUAAUAUGAAUUCUGUGUCGUUCUUGGAAAAGUUAAAGGAUAUCUGCGAUUAUCUCUGUGAGGAAUACACCUUCUUGGGAGUCCCAGCCCAGCAGUGUUUGAGCCAGAAUCCUCUGCCUGUACCCCCCACCCCCGUGUGUGGAACAGAUAUUCAGACAACAAGCAAAGCAGAUCAGUAUUGACCAUUUUUAAAAAAAAGAUUUCAGGCAAAAACACACUCAUGCUACCAAAAACCAAAUCUUAUAAUGCUUUAUUAAACUUUUAAAUGUGGCUUCAGUUUCUCUUCACCUGUUAGAAGCUUGAAAUGUGUUACCCAUCGUAAGUGGAGAAUAUUGUUAAUGAGCCAUUUUAAAUUUUUUUUUUUUUUUUUUUUUGGACCUAUAGCAUGUUUGGUAUUCCCUUGUCAGCAGUGUUAAAAGUGAGACUUCUGUGUACUUUUAAAUUGAGGAAGUAAUUUUAUUGACAUCAUCUGAUAAGGACUUCAUUUUCGUCCAGUUCACCAUGCAUAUCACAUUUGAUUCUGUGUGCUUGAGUGUGGGUUUCUGAAUGCGUGCACCACAUUAUGUUCAUAAUGUGUUGACAAGAUUUAUGACUUUGAUCACUCGGGAUUGAUUUUAUUGCAUUAGUCCUCAUUAUUAAUAUUAUUUAUUGGCAUUAUAGCUGAGUGAUCAUUGCUGAAUUGAUUAAAUAGAGAUUUGUUUUAUUGACUGAUAUCUUUUCCCACUUUUAGUAAUCAGAGUGGUGCAUUGGCUGUCAACCACAAGCACUGAACCGUUUGUGGAGUAAGUCAGUAUUACAUUGUGCAAUGUAUUGAAAUGUUACUCAAGCUUUAUGUUCACCACUUCUUUUCUGUUUCUGUGUCAUUGUAGACAAACAUAUUUUAUAGGUUUGUUUCUGCUUUGUGUAAUCUGUUGAAAUUUUAGGCUCUUAAACGGUUUGCUUCAUGAAUUUCCCUUGCAGUACUCUAAAGGGACGUGGUGUUGCUGUUGAAACUGUGUUCCAGCGAGCGCUAACUUCACUCUGAACAAGCCUACAGCUACACUAUGCUACUCCCGCUGUAAGCUUUACUUGACUUGAAAACGGUAAUUUGAUGAACCAAAGACUUUUAACGUCCCAGAGGCCUUUUGUUGAAACUGGUCGCUUCGUCUGAAUGCUAAAGUCAUUAUGCAGAGGGAACAAAAACCUCAAAUACACACUCGUCCCAACCCCCUCACCAGAAACAUCACCACCAAUGCUCUAAUACUGAUGGCAUAUGACAAUUUCCUACGGAAAUGAAUAUUGCAGAGCUUUUAUGGUUUCUUUCUCUGCGGGGGGAGGAGCAGUCGGUCAGCAGGGGUGUGUUGGUGGACAGCGCUCCCCCUCCCUGCUGUGUACAGUUUAAGAAGUAUUGCCUGUUGACUCAGAGUAAAGUUUCUCUGGGCCAACAGACAUCAUCAGUGCAGUGUAAAGAUACUCUCUUGUACAUUUGCGUUUUCUACUCAUGUUUGGUUUUCUACUUCAUUUUUUUCCUUGUAAAUAAAGACCAAUAAAUUAUUUUUAAAAUGGUU